UAUUUCUGAUGUCAAGGGCGUAAACUGAUCUGAGUUCAUUUCUAUGUCCAUGUGGAUUGCAGAUUGCACCAUAAACAGUGGUUUAUUAUCAUGUUUUCACCAAAUCGAUAACAUUAACAUUAAUCAAUCAUGGGGAAGAACAAAAACAGAACAAUCCUGCCUGGGGCAACAAGAGAGGAACUUAUGAUCUUGACUGUAUCUGAAAUUGUGAAGGAAUUACUUCAAGCUCAUGAGGAUGGCAAAGAUGUGAACCUAAACAGAAUUAAGUGCAGAAUCUCCAGCAAAUAUGGAUUGUCAAGUCAGCCAAGACUUGUGGAUAUCAUUGCAGCUGUUCCCCCUCAACAUAAAAAGAUACUUUUACCCAAACUCAAGGCCAAGCCUGUAAGAACAGCCAGCGGGAUAGCAGUUGUUGCAGUCAUGUGUAAGCCACAUAGAUGCCCCCACAUCGCUAUGACAGGUAACAUAUGUGUAUACUGUCCUGGUGGACCCGACUCUGACUUUGAGUACUCUACGCAGUCCUACACUGGUUACGAGCCAACAUCAAUGAGAGCGAUCCGUGCCCGAUACAAUCCCUACCUACAGACAAGACAUCGGGUAGAACAGCUGAUGUCACUCGGCCACAGUGUUGACAAGGUGGAGUUUAUUGUGAUGGGUGGCACAUUUAUGAGCCUUCCUGAUGAUUACAGAGACUACUUCAUACGCAAUCUUCAUGACGCUUUGUCCGGUCACACAAGUAGUAGCGUAGACGAGGCGGUCAAAUAUUCAGAGAAGAGCAAGUCAAAAUGUAUAGGUAUCACCAUAGAAACCCGUCCAGAUUAUUGUCUGAGGAAACACAUAAGUGACAUGCUGAAGUAUGGCUGUACACGACAGGAGAUUGGAGUGCAGAGUGUGUAUGAGGAUGUUGCCAGGGACACCAACAGGGGUCACACGGUGAAGGCUGUGUGUGAGUCCUUCAGGAUGUCAAAAGACGCAGGGUUCAAGGUGGUAGCACAUAUGAUGCCUGAUUUACCCAAUGUUAGCUGGGAGAGAGACAUAGAACAGUUUAUUGAAUUUUUUGAAAAUCCAGCAUUUAGAGCUGAUGGUUUAAAGAUAUACCCUACAUUGGUGAUCAGAGGGACAGGUCUGUAUGAAUUGUGGAAGACUGGCCGAUACAAGAGUUAUCCCCCAAGUGGUCUAGUGGAUCUGGUUGCUAGGAUACUGGCACUAGUUCCACCCUGGACCAGGGUCUACAGAGUACAAAGGGAUAUCCCAAUGCCAUUGGUCAGCUCGGGUGUAGAGCACGGUAACCUCAGGGAACUAGCGCUUGCCCGAAUGAAGGACCUUGGUUCCCAAUGUCGAGAUGUCCGCACACGCGAGGUUGGCAUACAGGAAAUACAUAACAAGGUCAAACCUUUUGAGGCUGAACUGAUCCGCAGAGACUAUGUAGCCAAUGGGGGGUGGGAGACCUUCCUGUCAUACGAAGACCCAGAACAGGACAUUCUCAUCGGUCUACUGCGACUAAGGAGAUGUGCGGCAGACACGUUCAGGGCAGAGCUUAAGGGAGGCUGUUCUAUUGUACGGGAACUUCACGUGUAUGGUACAGCUGUUCCAGUCCAUGGCAGAGAUCCUACAAAGUUCCAGCACCAGGGUUUUGGUAUGCUGUUGAUGGAGGAGGCGGCAAGGAUAGCCAAGGAGGAGCACGGGUCACAGAGAAUAGCUGUCAUAUCAGGUGUGGGAACUCGUAACUACUACAGGAAGCUUGGAUAUGAACUGGAAGGGCCCUACAUGACAAAGUCCCUGUGACAAAACCAUGGAGAGCUGUCCCAAUCGAACCACAACCCCGGACUUGGCAACUCACUACCUGUGAUAUCAGCCUAGAUUUAUGUGAUCUGGAUUAAAAGACAUCAGGACUGAUGGAGUCAACAAUAUAUUAAGGCAGAGAGGAUGUGAGAGGAUGGAGUAUAAUGGGGUCAGAGCUAAGACAUGCCAAAGCUCUGACACUCUAUAUCUGAUGAUAGAGUUUACAUACCCUAUACCUACCAGUACAUAGUGAUUGGCUCUUUAUCUCUCACCUCAUACCCAGGAUUUUUGACACAGCAUUUGCAACUCUGAACAAUAUUCAAAUAUGGUAUAACAGUGGCAGAUGAGUCUGCAAUAGUUUCACAUCAAGUUUGUGUAACACUUGUUUAUUUCUGUGUGGCGACAUCAGUUCCAGACUGCUAGUGUUGUUGGUGGCCGACAUUCUCUGCCAGUCAAAACCACAUAACAUUUUAAGACGAUGUCACAUUUCAAAAUGUCAACUAACAAGGUACUGAACAUUUUGAACUUCAGUGAUUUGUUUUAAUUGGAAUCCAAGUCAGGGUUUAAAAAAUCACAGUUCCUUUGAAGUCACCAAUGGUAACCAUGAAACGUCUUGCAUUUGUAGAGGUGGGAGAAAAAGACACUUCUUUUUCAUUGAAAUUCUGCCUGAAAAACUAUAAGUUUGUUUCUAGGAAAGUGCAAUGAUUAUUCUGUAAUAA